UAAUUAUAAUAAAUAAUGUUAGUGUAGUUUAAAAUGAAUUGUUUGCGCAAACAUCUAUUAAAGAGCAAAACAUACUAUUUGCAAGUUCUUUAAGAUCAAAUGAUUUUAUCAGAAGUAAAUCUUUAAGUAAAUUUGGUAGCACAAGACUAUGCAAAAUCCAAAAUAUGUAGUCCAAUUUAAGUUUGAGUCACGUGUAAUGUGGAAGAAAUCGGAACAUGAGUAGCUUUGUUGUUUUGGUAUACUCUACAAGAAACGAAUAAAAUGGUUCUGGGGAGACCAUACAGAAUUAAACAAUCUGAAAAUGUACCUCUCCAAUAGAGUAUUUUUUGGCAACAUAUCGAUUUUCUAUGAAUCUACUCAGAUUAUUGGUUCUGGUGCAUCCUCCAAGGUAAUUCUGCUUUCCCUCACUCUCAGGUGUGUCUCGUGAAGCGGAACACUGAUGUUUUGUUCUAUGCAGCUAAAUGUAUCUCAAAGAAGUAUCUCACUGGUAAGAAAUCCAAUGAUCGUAUUGUAUUUACAUCUAAAUAUUUGUUUAGGUUAGAUUACAAUCUGAGAUUGAAAUUUUAUAAAAGAUUGACCAUCCAAUAUUUGUCAAAUUACUGGAAAUUUAUGAAGGAGACAAUUCUUAUUAUCUUAUAACUGAUUAUUAUGAAGGUGAUACGCUUUACAAUUUUAUUAGAAGUAUUCAAGCUGAUACUCUACCAAGUUACAUAGUAAGGGAUGGAAUUAAAGUUAUACUUAAUAGUUUAUAUUAUUUUAGACCUUAUUGCUUGGUCUUCAAUAUUUGGAGUCUUUGGGUUUGAUACAUCGAGAUAUUAAGCUUGAAAAUAUUUUACUUGCAAAACAAAAUGAGAUAAAAUCAUUAAAGAUAAUAGAUUUUGGAUUAGCAAUAUAUGAAAAUACAUAUACAAAAUUAUCUGUAUGUGGAACACCAGGAUAUAUUGCACCUGAAAUAUUGCAAGUUGAAAAUAAAUCAAAUGAAUAGUAUUUUACAACAAAAUGCGAUAUUUUUAGUGCAGGAGUUAUAUUUUAUAAAUUGUAAUAAUUAGUAUACUUACUGAAUAGGUUGACAAAAAGAACAUUAUUUCGUGCUGAUAAUACUGGUGAAAUAAUGAAAGCAAAUACUAAAUGUGAUAUUCAUUUAAAUGAAUUAGAAUAAACUGUUUAAAAAGAAGCUCUUAGUCUAUUAAAAUCUAUGUUAGAACCAAAUCCAAAUAAUAGACCAACAGCUUCUUAAUGUUUAGAUCAUCCAUAUUUCAGUUGUUAAUUAGAAGAUAUAAGAAUAAUAUAGGAAAUACUUGAUAAAGUAACAGGUUGUUCAGGAUUCACAAGUAUUGAUAUUUAUAAAUUGAUUAUUUUAGAAGAACAUAAUGAAAGUAAUUCAGUUCCUAAUGAGAGUUAAGCUGCAUAAAUUAAGAGAUGUCCACCUACAUAAUAUCGUGUUAGAAUAGAAUAAAGAAAAAGAACUAGAAGUCCUAGGAAAUAUGCAGAUUAUCAAUUUUAUUAUCCUUCUUUUUGUAUGAUGAAUUCUUUUGAAAGUGAAGGAGGGAAUUCUUCAAAUUCAAGUAAAUCUUCAAGAAUAGAGAAUAUUAUAAUAAAAGAGAAGGAAAGUGAAAAAGAUUCAGUAAUAGAAGAAAACAAUAAAUAAAUAUAGUGA